CAUCCAGAACACAACCAAAAGAGAUUAUGCUCCACCAUUAAAUCCAUGCAUUCAUUUUAUAUUUGCACUUUUUAUUGAGGUGUGUUCAUAAAUAGCUGGACAGUUUGUAAAGAAUCUCUCAGACUGAGGCGAAAGCAAACAGUCAUGGCAGCUCUGACUCUGACUCUUCUUGCUUUAGCCGGUGUUUCCUGCAGCCAGGCUUCAGAUUGCUCCUAUUCUGCUCUGCUGAAUCACCUCAAGCUGGAUGAGACAAAUAGCGGUCUUCAGAUUGAACGUCCUGUGAAAAACUGGAACACAACCACAGAGGUUCAGCUGGAAAUUACUCUGGGCGGCAUUUUAGACGUGAAUGAGAAGCUUCAAACUGUGACAAUUCACAUUUAUGUCGAAAUGCAUUGGACUAAUGAAUAUCUGACCUGGAAUUCCUCUGAGUUUUGUGGAAUAAACCUGCUCACCAUUCCAGUUUCGAUGAUCUGGGUUCCAGAUAUAAUCAUACAGGAGGAUGCCUCUGGUAGUACAAAUUCUCAAGAAGAUCCUCUAGUCAGCGUGUUUCCGAACGGGACGGUCGGUAUAGUCAACCGGCUUCAGCUGACCUACAUCUGCAAGUUCAACCUCUUCAGAUUCCCGUUUGACACCCAAACCUGCAACAUCACAUUUUCAUCCCUGAAUUAUGACGAGUCUCUGUUGAAGCUGGUAAAAUCCACCGACGACUCCAUCCUGAUGAAGCUGUCGGGUCUCAACAUGCUGACUGAGGGGGAGUGGAAGCUGGUGAACAUAAAAAGCAUCAGUUACACGUCUCUCGCUCAGAGAAGUGAACUUGUUUACCAGAUCUCCCUGGAGAGGAAGCCGUUUCUUUACGUCGUCAACUUGAUUUUGCCCUUGUUGUUUUUGCUGGUUCUGGAUUUGGCCUCGUUCUUCGUCAGUCAGAGCAGCGGCGAGAAGCUUGGCUUCCAGGUGACGAUACUGCUGUCCGUCUUCGUCCUUCUGCUGAUUCUUAAAGACAUUUUACCGUCCACUGAAGAGUCUCUGCCGCUGAUGGCCAUCUACUGUGUUUCAGUUUUCACCCUGGUGUGGAUCAACGUGUUGGAGACGAUGCUGAUCAGCCCGUUAAAGGAUAUCGCCUGUUGUGUUGGUGAGGAACGCCAACAUGCUGAGGUCGUCAAAGUGAAAGAACAGGAAGCUGAUAACCGAAACGAGUCUGCAGGAGUUUCAGGAACAGAUAAACCAGAGGAGACUAACUCUCCGCUGGAUUUACCUGGUGAUGGACGGCAGCUGAAAUUCAUCAUGGACAGAACGAAACCCGGCCAAAAAACCCCAGAAACAAAGAAAAAGUCCAACAGGCUUAGAUGGGUUAAAAUUUUUGACUCUGUGUUCUUCGUCCUCUACUUUGCCACUGUUGUGUUUUCACAGGUUUUUUUAUUUAGUCUUUGGAAAUUUUAUGUUUAGAACCAAUUUCUGAAACUUCUCCCAGUGCUUUCAGAAAGUGCACUGUUUUGGUCAAACGUCCCAGGAAGGUCAGUGAACGCGGCACCGUAGAUGCUUCUGUGGUUCUUCUGCGUUUUGUUUCUCCAACGAAAAAUUUGUGUUUGAUAGUAAAUUUCUAUCAGCUAAGACAAUAAAACAUUUCUGCUUUUUGCAUGUAUGUUGUUUUUGUAAAUAAACCUGAAUCACCUUGCAGGGUUCCACUGUAUGGUCAAUAAAUACACACUUUAGUGCAAUUCAAGUCUUACUGCAUUGGACCACUCACACAUAAUGUUCUUUACCAAUGAUAAUGAAGCUUAGGAAUACAGAAAAUAACAAUUAAAUUCAUAAAUCAAAUCCCCAGACCCUUCAUUGCUUUAUAGACCAUCAGAAAUAUUUUAAAAUCCUUCCUUUCACAAAAUAUUU